GAGAUGUCUGCGGGAAAGAAAGGGAGCGUGAUCUUCUCUGGAUUCAGAGCGCUGGGACUUUAUUCCAAUCAUCUGGCGCACGUGGUUCGCUUCCAUAAGAAACACCGAGAGUUCUAUGUGAUCACUGCAGUGGGACAGUGUUUCCACACCUAUAAUGUAAAGAAACUUGGAAUCGUUGCAGUCAGUAAUGCCCUCCCAGAAGACAUUUCAUGCAUGGCAGCAGAUCGAAUGCUCGUCUAUGCUGCAUAUGGAAAAGUCAUUUCUGCUUUUGCAAAAAACAAAGAGGUUGUUCACACAUACACGGGCCAUCAAGCUGAAGUACACUUGCUUUUGCCUUUUGGGGAUCAUCUCAUUUCAGUUGACAAGGAGAAUGUUGUCAUUAUUUGGGAUGUUGAGUCGGAAGAGACAUACCUGCAGAUUUCAUUUGACAAAGUGACAUUUGAGGUCUCUGCUGUGAUGCACCCGAGCACCUACCUGAACAAAAUUCUGUUUGGAAGCAGUCAAGGGAGUCUUCAGUUAUGGAACGUCAAGUCAAACAAACUCCUGUUCACAUUUUCUGGAUGGACAUCUGCUGUUACUGUUCUUCAGCAGACUCCAGCUGUGGAUGUUGUGGGUGUGGGCUUGGCGUCUGGGCAGAUCAUCAUUCACAAUAUCAAGUUUGAUGAAACAUUGAUGAAGUUUCAACAAGACUGGGGUCCAGUCACAGCUUUAUCUUUCAGGACAGAUGGGCAUGCUGUGAUGGCGUCUGGCAGUCCCAUCGGACACAUCGGACUGUGGGAUUUAGAGGAGAAAAAAAUAGUCGGUCAGAUGCGAGAUGCUCAUACGACAUCCAUCGCUGGACUCACAUUUCUUCACAGUGAACCCCUUCUGAUUACCAACGGAGCAGACAAUGCCAUACGGGUGUGGAUUUUUGACAUUGGUGGGGGGGAGGGCCGUUUGUUAAGACAUCGGAUUGGUCACAGCGCCCCACCAACAAAGAUUCGGCACCAUGACCAGAGUGGCUUGCACCUUCUUAGCUCAGGGCAAGAUGGGACCUUGCAGUCUUUUUCAACAGUGCACGAAAGAUUCAACAAGAGUUUGGGACAUGGCACCCUCAACAAAACGAAAGCGAAGAAGAAAGGUGUGAACCAUGACACGGCAAAACUUCCAGCCAUCACUACUUUUGCCUCAGAAACUGCUCGUCAGAGUGACUGGGAUGGCAUUAUUGCAUGCCACCGUGGUUUCCUUUUGGCUACAUCAUGGAACUACCAGAAGGGUUCGAUUGGCACUCACAAGCUGGAGCCAGAACGCUUCAACAGGAACCGCUCCCUCAAUGUCCAUGCAACCGCUGUGGAUAUCUCCUCCUGUGGGAACUUUGCAGUCAUUGCACUGUCCUCAGGACACAUAGACAUGUACAACAUGCAGUCAGGUCUCCAUCGAGGGCAUUAUGGAGAAGACAAGGCACAUGCGGGUCCAGUGCGAGGGGUCUCUGUGGAUGCGCUGAACCAGCUGACUGUCAGUGUGGGAGCAGAUCACCUUCUCAAAAUCUGGAAGUUUAAGUCUAAGGAGCUUUUACACACAAACAGCCUGACAGCCGCACCUGCAUCCUCUCUGCUUCAUAGAGACAGUGGAAUGCUCGCCAUCGCUCUGGAUAAUUUUACAGUACACAUCCUGGACAUGGAGACGAGGAGAAUUGUCCGCAGGUUCUCUGGACAUCGUGGACAGGUCAAUGAUAUGACAUUUAGCCCAGAUGGACGAUGGCUGAUUACAGCGUCUAUGGACUGCACCAUUAGAACAUGGGAUCUUCCAUCUGGCAGUUUGGUUGACUGUUUCCUGGUAGAUGCGGCAGCCGUCAGUCUCAGUAUGUCCCCUACCGGGAACUUCCUGGCCUCGUCGCACGUCGAUGGUCUAGGUGUUUACUUGUGGUCCAAUAACACACUGUGCAGUAUGGUGUCAUUGCGCCCUCUACCUGCAGACUAUGAACCCACUGUGAUCAUGCUGCCAGGCUCCUGCCCAAGUAAAGAUACUGAAGAGGAGGAAGUCUUGGAUGACGACAGCUCUGAGAUGGUGGAGUACAUAUCACCAGAACAGCUGGACGAACAGCUGGUCACACUCUCUCUGCUUCCUGAUUCACGCUGGAAGAAUCUCCUGCAUCUCGACAUCAUCAAGAAAAGGAAUAAAGCCAAAGAACCUCCAAAAGUGCCCAAAGCUGCACCCUUCUUCAUUCCCACCAUUCCAGGGCUUGUGCCAGGGUUUGCUCUCCCCGAAACACCUGCAGCGGGCCAGUCUAAAGUCGUUAACUUGGGAGUGUUGGCACAGAAAUCCACCUUCUACCUUCAGCUUGAGAAGGCUUUUGACAGCUGUGUGUAUGAUGAUCCAGUGAAGCUGGUGAAAGAGUUGGGCCCCUCUGCCAUUGAAACAGAAAUUCGUGCCCUUUCUCCAGAUAUGGGAGGAGAUGUCCGAGUUAUGCAAAGCUUCCUGAAGAUGAUCAUCAGCAUUCUUCGGUCUAAAAGAGAUUUUGACCUAGCCCAAGCAUACCUAGCAUUGUUCCUUAAGCUACAUCUUCGGUGUAUCGCAGAGGAGCCGCAGCUGAUGGAGGAGGCACAGAGAGUGUCUGAACUUCUGCAGGAGAUGUGGAUCUCCGUGCAGACAAUCUUAAACCAGAAUAUUUGUCUGUUGUCAUAUAUCAAGAGUGCACUGCUUUAGAGAGCCUUUCUGCAUCCAAAAUCUUCAUUUGCUUUUCUAAGAAUGUUUGUAUUUGACAAUUACCUUAUAUUGCUAAGAAAUUAAAAGUAUACAAAACGUAUAUGCGAUUUUUCAUAUAG